AAAUAUCCAGUGGAACCGACAUUGGGCCUGACCCGGCUCCCCGGUUCGGUCACAUUACGAGUCCACUUAGGUUUCCAAUUGUUGUGGGAGCUGACUUUGUCCUGCACCGCUAGAACAAGAACAAACCAUAAAGCACCGAUUCCCACCGAGUCCGACUCACCACCCUCCAAACACAUCAAAAACCCUACAUGGCCGAUUCAGCUUCUAAAACCCUAGAAGACCAACCUCCGAAUCAGUCCUCAAACCCCCAAAUGGAUACCAAAACCGCAGAAGAAGUAGAAAAGUCCAAGCAAGAAGAAUUAGAAAAGUCCAAGCAAGAUGAAGUGAAAUCGGAGAACGCAUCAAAAUCAGAAGGGGAAGCGGCGGCGGAGGACGAGGAAGAGGAGGAGGAGGCGGGAGAGUGUGGGUUCUGCUUGUUCAUGAAAGGCGGCGGGUGCAAAGAGAGCUUCACGGCGUGGGAAGAAUGCAUCGAAGAGGCUGAGAAGAACAAGGAGGAUAUUGUGGAGAAAUGCUUCGAGAUCACUUCGGUUUUGAAGGAAUGUAUGAUGGCACACUCCGAUUACUACGAGCCCAUACUCAAGGCCGAGAAGGCGGCCGAGGCAGAGGCUGUUAAGGAAUUGGAGAAGGAAAAGGCCGCUGAGAGCUCCGAACAACGAAAUGCCGCCGCCUCCUCGGAGAAUUCCAAGCAGCAUUCCGGUUCUAGCGGCAAGCAAGACACAUAGCCCGGUCAGGUGAAUUGCUGAUUGCUAGCAUGGUCAGUGAUGAUAUUUUUGUUUUAGUUGCGGCAAUAAUUAGUGGCAAACUGGCAAUUGAGAGACAUUACAAAUCAAAUUUAUAAAUUGUACUUGAUAAAACCAGUAACAAUCAUAUUUUUCGAUUUUGUUGUUUGUUCUGUUGAAUUUCUUGCUGUUUGUUAUGAAUGCAAUGCUCUGUUUUCGUGCGUA